AAUAAAAAAAUAAAUAAUAAUAUUUAAUAUUAUUAAUUCAUUAAGGGUAUCAGUGUAAUCAACCAUCGUGAAAGUUAAUAUGAGAGCGACACAUAGGAAACCGACUUCUCAAAUAAUAUUAUAGAGAUUAUGACACAUAUAAAAUAUAUAAUACUAAUCAUAAAAAUAAAAUAUCGAUUUAUAAGAAAGUAAAAAUUAACACCCGCACGGGCGUGCGGGUCAAUCUCUAGUAUGAUUUUAAGAGUUGACAGAUCAAAAAAUAAAAUAAAACUAUUCAUUAUAAAUUGUAAAAUUAUUGUGUUAAAAAAUAUAUUGAUUAAUUAAUUAAUAUAUAUAUAUAAUUUUAAAAUAUAUGUUACCAUUUAUAUAAGAUAAAUAUUUAUUUUUUGCAAAACAAAAACGAAUAUCCGUGCAGAUGCGCAGAUCAAGCUCUAGUAAUAAUCUUAAAUAUCAAAUCCCUUACUCAUUUAAUUCAUUCAUAAAUAAAUAUAUUUUACCCAUAUAUGUAUAUGAAUGUGCGUAUGUAUUUAUUGCUUGCUUGAAACAAUGCAUCAAGUUAACAAAACAGAUAGAAAGCUUGAAAGUUAGAGAAACGAAAUAAAUCAGAAAGAAUCGGAGGUCGUAGAUAGGCACAUGUGAUGAAUAAAAGGCCUAACCUUAGCCAUUGCCUAGUGCAUGGCAUAUUCAUUUGCAUGUUUUAACCACAUAUGAAUAUAUGAUCCAUAUUCUUGCUUUAUUUCAUAUCUCUCUCUCUACGUUAUUCCUCUUUAAUUUUCUUAUUAAUUAAAUACUAUCUAGGUGUGUAUACGUAAACAUGAUCAACCAUAUGAUCCAAGUUGAAGAUCCCCAAUCCCAGGCCAUAUGAUUCUUUAGCUUACAGAGCAAUCAAAAGUUGAAUACGGGAUUAAUGAUACUAAUAAUAGGAGUAGAGUUUAAAUUUUUAUCGGGAUCGUUCAUAAAUGAUAAUAAGUCAACAUUGGCGUAGAGAACAAGGAGCAGUCAAUUGUACGCAAGUGUACCAAACGCUGCAACACAAGGCGCGCUAGAGACAUUAUAUUAAACUAAAAGUCAUAUUAAUCUCCGGCGAGCCUUGCUUUUUACGAUAGCUUUAGAGCAUCUCCGGCGGCGUGGUCACCGGCCGUCAACAUCAUCAUCAAUAGCAACAUGCAUCAUCAUACAUUUAUAUACCAUUUAUUUAACUCCGUUGACAAUUAACGUGUGAGUGUGUGUAUAUAAAUAUAAUCAAGAAGUUAUAGCUGCUUAGAAAGAAAGGCAGUGCUUAAAUAUUGAGAAGCAUAAUCACGAAAAUAAACCGAAAUGGGUUCGUCGUCGAACGGAGGAGUGCCACCUGGGUUUCGGUUUCAUCCGACAGACGAAGAGCUUCUCCAUUACUACCUAAAGAAGAAAAUCUCUUAUCAUAAGUUUGAGAUGGAAGUCAUCAGAGAGGUUGACUUAAACAAACUCGAGCCUUGGGAUUUACAAGAGAGAUGUAAGAUAGGGUCAACACCGCAGAACGAAUGGUAUUUCUUCAGCCACAAGGAUAGGAAAUACCCAACGGGUUCAAGGACCAACCGUGCAACUCAUGCAGGGUUCUGGAAGGCAACAGGACGAGACAAGUGUAUAAGGAACUCAUACAAGAAGAUAGGAAUGAGAAAGACCCUUGUGUUCUACAAAGGAAGAGCUCCUCAUGGCCAAAAGACUGACUGGAUCAUGCAUGAGUAUCGGCUUGAAGAUACUGAUGAUCCUCAAGGCAAUCCUAGUGAAGACGGAUGGGUGGUUUGUAGGGUAUUCAUGAAGAAGAAUUUGUUCAAGGUAGUGACUGAAGGAGGCUCAAGCAUUAACUCAACGGACCAAUACAAUCAUGAUGCGUCCAACAACAACAACUCGCUCCAAGCUCGUAGCUUCAUGCACCGAGACAGUCCUUACCAGCUAGUACGUAACCACGGAGCCACGACCUUGGAACUCAACAAGCCUGACCUGACACUUCAUCAAUACCCACCAAUCUUCCACAAGCCACCUUCCCUUGGGUUUGACUACUCUGCAGGGCUUCCAAGGGAUUGCGAAAGUGCGGCUAGUGAAGGGUUACAAUACCAGCAAGCGUGUGAGCCAGGUUUAGAGGUUGGGACGUGCGAGACAGUGGGUAGUCAUAACCAUCAACAAGGUUUAGGUGAAUGGUCAAUGAUGGACAGGCUUGUGACUUGUCAUAUGGGAAAUGAAGAUUCCUCUAGAGGGAUUAGGUUUGAGGAUGGUAACAACAAUUCUUCGUCUGUUGUCCAGCCAGUUCCCGAGACGAAUCAGCUUUCGUUGCGCAGUGAGAUGGAUUUCUGGGGUUAUUCUAAAUAGAUGUUAUAUAUCUUAUGGAAGUGUUUGUGUAUGUGUUGUAUGAAAGU